CCUUACGUGCAGUGGGUGGGAGAAGAAUGUUGGCGCGCCAAUGAAAUAUGGCGGAACGGGAGCGGGCCAAUCAUGGAAAGAGGGCGGACCUUGCUAUUUCCUUUUCGAUUUGAACAACGGCAGUUGUGCGGCGGAGUAACCGUCGCCGCGCGAGGGCAGAAGGAGCCGGAGCCGACGGCAGCAGCGACCAGGUCCUAGUAACAUAGUUAGUCCAGCUUUUCCUAGUUUUUAUUUUGCUCCUUUGUUCCUAUCACUUCAUCCAUAUGGAAGAGCAGGAUGAAGCUGAACAUAAGGAAGUGUAGAAAGAGAAUCAGUGACUGCACCAAGCCAAGAGAAGCAAUGGAAACAUUCAUGGGACUUGAUCGUCCCCGCUGGGCCUCCAUGAGCCAUGAAGAUCGGCUCAAAGAAGCUGCAAUGGCAUUCAUCCGCCUUUGCGCAGAACAGGGAGAAGGUGAUAGCCCAAGGAAGAUGUGUUUUGCACCUCAGCUGGACCCCUACACAAGAGCCUCAGUGGCCUCUUUGGUCAGACCCACACUUCCUGUGAAGAUUAGGCAUCUUAAUUCAGGACCCACCUUGCAAGCAAAGACUCCCGAGGAACCCAGAGUUGCUAGGAAGCCUAUAAUAAAAAGGAAAGUUCUGAGGCGAAGGCCUGAUGGAGAAGUAGAGGUGACGGAUGAGUCCAUCACCAGCACACCAGAGACCAGCAGUCAGAGUGACCCCGAGUAUGGGGAGUUGAGUCAAAGAAUGCAUAGUCUGAAGACUCAGCAAGAGGAAGAAGAGUCAGAAGAGGAGAGUGAGCCAAGCAUUUGCCCAGAGUCUGAGACGGCUUAUUCCUGGAGAACUACAGAGAGCCAGAGCCAAAGCUCGCAAAGAGAGAGCCAGAGCCGCAGCAGCACAUCCUAUGAGCAGGACUUGAUUGUUGCUGGCCACCCAAAAUCCUUCAUAUUACCAAGAUUUGAUCAGCUAAGCCGGAACAGAAUGAAGACCGACCGGGUAGCCCGUUACUUGGAGCAUAAGCAUGACUGGGAAUCUCUGCGGCUGCCAGGGGAAGAUCCCAGGAAAGGGGUGCGCUGGAGCAUCCGGGAGCAGAUGCUCUGCAAGUCAGAAUUGCCUCCUAGGGCUCAGCACAUUUAUAUUCCCAACAACUACCUGGUGCCUACAGAGAAGAAGAGGUCUGCUCUGCGCUGGGGAAUACGCUGUGACCUGGCCAAUGGCAUGAUGCCUAGGAAUACCUACUCCUCCUAGAAAUGCAGAGGUCUCUAUAGCGCCAUCCACAGGAGCAUGCCUUGCUUAGCACAGCCCAAAUAUCUAACUACUCCAGGCAAGCAGCUAAGCUAUUUUGUUUCCUUUGAAACCCUUUCAAAUCCUUAUUGGUUUUAAAUCUGGCUUUCAGAAUGAGUGUUCCCACAACACAAAAGGAUUUUACUUAUUUGUGCUUCUUGAAUAGUUGUCCCAGAUAGGAUCAUUUAGAGAUUAAUAUUGCCUCAUCAGAAGCCAGGCAGAAGAUGAACCAAAGUUUACUGAAGUAUAUGUCAAUGAGAAUAAUCUUUAUUUUUAUUGCAAGAUCUUUUAAACCCACUUCCUCUUCCUAACGCAAUCAUCAUACUUCUGUAUGAUGUUGUUAUUUUUAAAGAAAGUUUAGCUUCUAGAUGUAUGGAUUAAAUUAAAAGUGUGUGGUAUAAAAGGAUUGCCUCUA